GUCACGCCCCCCAGACGCCUCCUACCCAGUCUACCGCCAUUACCCGGACACAUAACCCGUAGCGUAUAUAUCAACCCUCACCCCCCUCCGCCUCUCACCUCUGUCCACUAUGGCUUCGACUUCUGCUACCACCAACACCAAUCCGACUCCAGCUCAGGAAGAAUUCCAAGACUUUCUCGAGAAGAACACCGACAGCGGACCACGAGUACAUCCCGAGGAUAGAGACGACGCCCACAGGGACGGAGAAGACACCGACGAGGACGAAGAAGACAGAUACCGCAACGCACAGAUAGACGCCGCAAUGCGCGUUCCCAGCUUGGCAGGAGACGUGAAGCUUCCCCCGGUCAGCUUCGACUCGGGCCGCAGCACCGGCGUGAAGGGCGUCAUCGCCGACGCCCGUGCCUACGAGCAAGCUCGCCAGAACAAGUGGCGGAACAGGGUCCACGCCGCUCGCAAAUCCGUGUUCGGCAAGGGCAACGGGCCGAGAUCCUCGGACGCCCAGAGCGGCGAGAGUGAAGGCGACGAUGACGAGGAUGCCUUCCUCCAGCAAUGGAGAGAGUCGCGGAAGCAAGAGCUCGAGAGGGACGCCAAGAACAACGUCCGCAGCCGGAGAACAAGCCCGAGCCUGAGGAUGUUCGGGCGCUUAGACACCGUCGACGCUCUGGGCUACCUGGAUGCCAUUGAGAAGGUCGGGCGGGAGACCGUCGUCGUAGUGUUUGUCUACGAUCACGAGUGCCAGGUGUCCAGUCUCAUCGAAGCCGCCAUGCGGCCGCUGGUGAGGGCCCACCCCGAGGUUCAUUUCGUCAAGGUCCACUACGAAGAUAUCGAGUUCGACAAUGCCGCCGUGCCUACGAUCCUGGCGUACCGUAACCAGGGUGAUCUCUUCGCCAACUUGACGGGGCUCAUCAAUAUGAUUCCCGACGAGGAGGAUUUUGACAGCGACUCGUUGAAGAGGAUCCUACACAAGAGCGACGUCCUAUAGAGACGUCGUGCCGCACUAAAGCAGCGUCUUCCGGUGCUACGGCGCCGAGUACGUGACGAUCCCCUCUAUUAUACAUAUACCCCAUACAUACACUAGUGGAUGGUGCGCCCAGCGAUCGAUAACCGUCGACGCAAUGCGUGGCGCGCUAGGGGAGGGCCACG